AUGUAUUAUUUAGAUAAGAUUACGCCAAAUGAAAGUCCAGAAUUUUGGAUUGCUAGUUUAUGCUUAUCUUUGAUAUAUACAACAUUUCAGACUGAAGUAUCUGAUAUAAACAAGCAACAAGUAGAAGAACUGUUUAAUAAUUAUGACAAUAAAGAUUAA